GCUCCUUCCUUGGUGGUGGACGGCGCCACCGGGGCGUCUGGCCAACAACAACAGCAACUGCAGCAGCAGCAGUUGCAGAAGCGUCGUGAGGUGGCCCUGCUUCAGCUGCAGUUCUGCGAGGCAGUUAUGCAGUUGUUUGAGCGGGAGGGAGCGCCGGAGGGAGCGGUGGUGUUUGCGGCGGCGGCGCUGGCGCACCUACGCACUGCGUACGGGCAUCUCUCCGAUCCAGCUUCUGGCUCCUCUGCCGCCGCCAUCGACCCCACGGCUCCGCUUCUUCCCGGGGAGGACGCCCUGCUUCAUGCCGCGUCAGCCGCCGCUGCGGAGCGAGCCGCGCGGGAGGGGCGGCUCUGGAGCAACAUGUAUUCGUACUGCGUGGAGAUGCGGCAGUACGACAGAGCGUAUGGUGCGCUGCUUGCCAACCCGCUGCCGGCGGCACGGUUGCAGAGCCUGAGGCACCUGGUGCACGUGCUGACUCAGGAGGGGCAGCUGCAGACGCUAUGCACUCUGCCGUUUGCUGGAGUCGCGGUGCUGUCGUCCUCCGAGCACACCCCGACUGCUGCCGGCCCCGCUGGAUCCGCCACCGGUUGCCGUACGGUGUCUCUGCUGUCGGAGGCGCUAGACCUGCUGCACCGCCGGGCUCACAACUGCGACCUGGCGGAGACUCCACAGCCCUACAAGGUGCUGUACGACUUUCUGGUGUGCCGUAGCGACUACAAGGGGGCGGCUCGCGCCAUGGCUGCCUACGCCUGGCGACUGCGCGCUGAGGCAUCCAGUUCGGAAGCAGCGGUUUCGGAGGCGCUUCGGGCUUACGACCUAGCCAUCAAUAGCCUCUCGCUUCUGGACCCCGAGGACGCCUGGCUCGACCUCACCGACCCCUGGCUGGAGAAGCUAGCGCCGCACGACAGCAGCAGCAACGACAUCCUGAUGCAGCAUGCGCCCCUGACACUUCCUGCCACGCCCUCGGCGGCGGCGGCGGCAGCAGCAGCAGGGGAAGGUGCUGCGGCCAUGGAUGUUGCCGGCGGCGGCGGCAGCAGCGGAGUGGCGGCGGCGACGGCGAGGGCGGCGGCACCUGUGGCGACUGUGCAGAGCCUGCAACGGGAGCGGACGAUGCUACAUUACUGCGCAAUGGUGGCGGCGCGGGUCGCAGGUCUCGAGCCCAUGCGGCAGUGGGACAACGAGGAUGCCAUUCUGCGGCAGCUGCUGCUGAUGGGGCGCUACGAGGGCGCUCUGGCGCUGGUGGCGGACUGCUUUGCGGGCCAAGGAGGUGACCCGUGGGUCAAGGCUAUGGAAACCGUGGUUUCUGCGCUUGCGGCGCACUGCACGCGGCUUCAACUUCAGGACGGAGG